AAAGUUGAUCUAGCAGCAACCGAAAACCUCCUCGUAUGAGCUCUCGACGACUUCAACCGGGUUUGUAAAGCCAUUGCCUUUCCACGACUACCAAUCUCCCCCGAACAAUGAUAUCACGGUCGGCGAUUGGACGAAAUGCACAGUUUGCCCUUCGUAGGCAAUGCUGUGCAAAGCCGAGCAACCGUCGAGGCCUCGCUGCUGCCGUGUCCGGAUCAACAAGCUUCUCAUACGAUAGUUCGGAUGUCAGCGGCGUGAAAGUAGCCAGCAGAGAUGUGGCAGGACCUACGACGAAGCUUGCUGUAAUUGCGAAGGCCGGUACCAGAUAUCAAUCUGCCCCAGGUUUGACGUCGGGCCUUGAGCACUUCGCAUUCAAGAACACCUACAAACGAUCAGCUCUGCGAAUCACUAGAGAGUCUGAGCUUCUUGGGGGCCAAUUGAACGCACAUCACACUCGAGAAGCGUUAGUGAUUGAAGCCAAGUUCCUUCGAGAAGAUCUACCAUAUUUUACGGAACUGCUCGGCGAAGUGAUCUCACAAACCAAAUAUACCCCCCAUGAAUACCACGAGGAGGUCGAGCCUCUCAUCAAGCUCUCCCAGAAGAAGCUGCUUGCAGACGUCUCAGAAUUGGCAAUCAACUCCGCUCAUGGACUAGCAUUCCACCGAGGUCUAGGAACGCCUCUGUACCCAUCUUCUUCGACCCCAUUGACGAAAUACCUCAGCGAUGAAUCCAUUGCACAGUUCGCUGCCAGUGCCUACUCGAAGCCAAACCUUGCAGUGGUCGCGAAUGGUGCUAGUCAAGCUGAUUUGGCCAAAUGGGUGGGCGAAUUCUUCAAGGAGACUUCAAGCUCGGGUGUCGGACUGACGAGUGAGGCCACAAAGUAUUAUGGUGGUGAAGAGCGAAUUGCACAUGACUCCGGCAACUCUUUGGUCAUUGCUUUCCCUGGCUCGAGUUCAUUUACCUCUGGAGGAUCCUAUAAGCCUGAAAUUGCCGUUCUUGCAGCUCUUCUUGGCGGCAAGUCAAGCAUCAAAUGGAGUUCUGGUUUCUCACUUCUCUCAAAAGCAAUCUCAGCUUUCCCAGGAGCCAGUGCCUCGACAACCCACUUUGCCUACUCCGAUGCUGGACUUUUGACUAUUCAAUUCAGCGGUUCCGCGCAAGCUAUUCGUGAUGCUUCUGCCGAAGCUGUUAAGGCCCUCAAAAGCGUCUCGGAGGGCUCUAUCAGCAAAGAAGAUUUCACCAAAGCUGUUGCUCUCGCCAAAUACCGUGCUCUGGAGGAAGGUCAAAACAUUGAGUCUGGACUUGUUGCGACAGGAUCAGGUCUCAUCCACGGCGGCAAGCCAUUCCAAAUCGAUGAGGUUGGCAAGAGUGUGGAGUCGGUGACUGCUGACAAGCUGAAAUCGGCAGCUAAAGGACUUUUGGAAGGCAAGGCUACCGUCUCGGCUGUUGGAGAUCUUUAUGUUCUUCCAUAUGCUGAAGAACUUGGUCUUAAGAUAUAG